AUGAAAAUUGGUGAAAAUGAAGGAAUUUAUUGCAAUAAAUUUAUCCCAUAUUUUUUAUUAGUAAAGCAAAUAUCAUGGGGUUUAAGAUGAUAUAAAAUCAAAGCUAUUUGGUUUAUUUAUAUAUAUAUGGGUUCAUCUAUAACAAGAAUUUGGAACAAACUUUUCAAAAAUCAGGAAAUUCGCAUUCUUAUGGUUGGGCUUGAUGCGGCAGGAAAAACAACAAUCUUAGAUCAAUUCAAAUUAGGAAAAUUUGUACAAACAAUCCCAACAAUUGGUUUUAAUGUGGAAACUAUUAAAUAUCGGAAUAUCUCAUUUGUCAUAUGAGAUAUUGGCGGAGGGGACAAAAUCCAUCUUCUAUGAAAGCAUUAUCUUGAGAAUGCAAAGGGCCUUAUCUUUGUUGUCGAUUCUGCAGAUCAUGAAAGAAUUGAUAUUGCUAGGCACCGUUUUUUAGAGCUUGUUAAGCUAGAUAAAAGUGUUGCUGUUUUAGUUCUAGCAAAUAAGGCAGAUUUACCAAAUCAUAUGAGUAUCAAUGAAAUUGUGAACAGACUCGAGAUAGAAUCAAUUGAAAACAAAAAAUGAUACGUUCAAGCUGCUUGUGCAGUUUCAGGAGAUGGAUUAAGAGAAGGAUUAGAAUGGCUUUCAUGGGUAUUAACUAAAAAUUAA